AGCACCUUGGUGUGUGUGUGGGCUGGAACCUUUUUAAAGUUUUGGGAAGCAAAAGAGCACAGCUUCUAGCACUGAAAACAACACUCCACUCAUUUGUGUAGAGAAACACAGCUAGCUACCUCACCUACCUGAAGUCAUCUGAGAGGAGAGAGAGAGAGAGAGAGAGAGAGAGAGAGAGAGAGAGACGACACCUCCCAUCCUGGUCGGAACCCAGUCCAUAGCUCUGCUCUGGACCAUGGUCCGUCAUACCACCUGCAUCAUGAGCAUCCCUUCCACUGCCAGCAUUGAGAGCCAGCUGCCCACAACAUGGAGCUCCUACCCCUGCUCUGACAUUUCCACAGUGAUGCCUGGUUACACCAGUCGCCUGUGGUCCCAGGACUCCCAGCCUCAGUAUUGGUCGAAGUAUCAGGUGUGGGAGUGGCUGCAGCAGAUGCUGGAUAUGCACCAGAUCGACGCUGCCACCAUCCCCUUCCAGAACUUUGAUGUGGACGGACGUCAGCUAUGCAGCAUGACCUACCAGGACUUCACCCGUGCUGCGGGCACCGUGGGGCCUAUCCUCUACCACAGCCUCACCGAGCUCAAAUGGAGCGGUCAGUAUCCUGGUGUGGAGUUUUCACCGCUGGACGUUAUCAAAUCAGAGCCAGAUGUAGAUUUCCCUUGCCCAUUCACAGAACCUAGCAUCUAUCCUGCAGAUAUUUACGAUCCCUCGUUUCAAUCCCUUGCACCUGUGGCCUCACCCACUCCCUCCAGUCCAGACACAAAUAGAUCUCACAGUCGCCCUCAUCAGGUCAAAAAACACAAUCCCCGGGGGACCCACCUGUGGGAGUUCAUUAGGGACAUUCUGCUGAACCCGGAGCGGAACCCAGGCCUGAUCAAGUGGGAGGAUCGGACAGAGGGCGUGUUCCGCUUCCUCAAGUCAGAGGCCGUGGCUCAGCUGUGGGGCAAGAAGAAGAACAACAGCAGCAUGACCUACGAGAAGCUCAGCCGAGCUAUGAGAUAUUACUACAAACGGGAAAUCCUGGAACGUGUAGAUGGACGAAGGCUGGUCUACAAGUUUGGAAGGAAUGCACGAGGAUGGAGGGAGUCAGAGAAGUGAAAGAGGACACCUCUCCACCAUUUUGUGCCUUUUUUAACCACCAUGCGAAGAUGUCUAUUUAUGUUUUUUUGUUGGAUUUUAAUGUCACUGUGAUGUUUUACUAUAUAUGUUGUUUCUUUUACAAAGAGGAGCAGAACGCCUCAUUGCAACUCUUGACAUUUUUGGGAGUUUCUGUAUGAUAUAUUUACAUAUGGUUAAGAAAGACCAUAAUUUACAUUUGACUGCUUACAUUUUCCUGUUCAGAGAGUGAUGACUAUUUGCACUGAAAGCUAUUUUUGAUUGAACAGCAAAAAGCAUUGACAUUUGGGGCGGCAGGUAGCCUAGUGGUUAGAGCGUUGGGCCAGUAACCGAAAGGUUGCUAGAUUGAAUCCCCGAGC